ACGUACUUCCCGGUGAUCCCCUCACCGCCAUCAAUUCUAUCCCAGCAAACUGCAACGAUCUCUCAAAAUCACGCGAGCUAAUCAUCACUCCCACGUCUCAGCUCAUUCGUCCUCGUCGCGCGCACACGAUCGAUCGAGUAUGGUGACGAUGCUGAUGAUGAUGAAGCCUUACACGGCUGCCCUUCUCGCCGUCGCCGUCGCCGUCCUCGGCGUCGUCGCCGUCGACGCGACCGUGGUGACGACGUGCAGGGCGGCGGCCGACGCGGACGCCCGGGUGGACUACGGCUUCUGCGUGGCGGAGCUGGGCAAGCACCACGACAGCCCAGGCGCCGACGCCUGGGGACUCGCCAAGGUGGCGGCGCUCACGGGCGUCGUGGACGCCGACAACGCCGCGUACGACGCCAGGGACCUGCUGGCGAAAGGAGGAGGAGGCGCGGCGGCGGCGCUCGCGCGGUGCGGGGAGCUGUACCGCGCGGCCGGGUUCGCGUUCGCCGAGGCGCACGACGACAUCAACGCGCGGGACUACGCCGCCGGGAAGGGCAAGGCCGCGGACGCGGCGUCCCUCGCGCGCCAGUGCGACGCCGCGUUCGCUGGCAAGGACGACGCCGCCGCCGCCGUGCCGCCGGUGAUCGCGCAGCACGGCUCGUACGCCGCGCGGAUAGCGAUCGUUUGCACGGCGAUCACCAACCUCAUCGAGUGAUCAGUGUGUGGGGCCACCUAUACAUUUGUCGACAAAUUUUCUACUAAAAAUUUGACAGAUGUAAUUAUAGUACAAUCGUAGUGUAAUUACAAUGUAACUUGUAUGUAAUUACACUGUAAC